UGAACCAAGCGAGACUCAAUCCGAUCUAAAGAAGCAAAGACAAAUUCAAUCGUCCGAAACAUGGAAGCGGCUUCACGUUUGGUUCCUCAACUUCGGUAUCGUGUAUCCCACAGGCAUAGAAAUUUAACCUGUUCAGAAGGACCUUUAGGACGCAUAGAAAAAAUACGAAGGACACUAACUGCACUUCUCAAACAUGAGAGAAUUGAGUUGAACUACCAUCGCGCUGACGAAUGUCGAGGAUAUGCUGAACGGCUCAUCACAGAGGCAAUCCGCAAUGGGGAUACUCAUGUCAGAACAAUGCAACUUGCUGACUUUUGGAUCAAUGAAAAACAGUUGAUCCACAAGCUUUUCAAGGUCCUGGUGCCGCGUUACGCCAACUACGAUGGGUCGUACACAGCAGUGCAUAUUCUGCAGACACCGUUUCACACCAACUAUAACACCAAUGUUCCAGGCCCAGAUUAUCGCCAGAAUUGGGUGGCGCUGGAGUUGAAAGGAAACCCGUAUCCUCCUGUUCCUGGCCGACUACAGCCGAACCCAUUCUUUAUCCCCAACGUUCUCCUUUCGGAAGCGAAGCGCGAGAUGCACAAAAUGGAAUUUCCAGCGAAGAAGCUAGCGUAAAUGUUGUUUGAGUGAAAUGAGUUUGUUUUUCAGGCCUUAAUAUAAGAGUGAAUAAAACUUGCAUUAGUAACAGC